UUGGUCACAUCCUGCCACAGUGUCCUUGUGUUAUAGGUGUUUAUAGAAAUCAUUUUUAAUGCUGUAGGAGUUCAGUAAUGGCGGCGCCUCUGCUGGAGUAUGAAACUGAGAUGUUCCUGAGCCUGUUCGGCUGUGACGGGCUGCUGGUGGCGGCAGAAGGACUCGGAAUAGACCGGCUACUGUUGCAGUUCAUGCGGGUUUAUUCCGAACAGGACAGCCUCGUUCUCCUACUCAACACAUCCACAGCUGAGCAGGAAUAUUUAACGGAGCAGCUGCGACUGGAAGGUGUUUCCCACCUUCCCAGGACAGUGACCAGUGAUGUCCAGAGUGCAGAGCGCUACAGGGUCUAUACUGAAGGAGGCGUCCUGUUUGUCACCAGCAGAAUUUUGGUUGUGGACUUCCUCACAGACCGCAUCCCUGCACAUCUUAUAUCAGGAAUCCUGGUUUACCGGGCUCAUAAAAUCAUCGAGUCCUGUCAGGAGGCGUUCAUCCUUCGUCUGUACAGACAGAAAAACAAGACUGGCUUCAUCAAAGCGUUCACUGACAAAGUUAUUUCAUUCUCAUCUGGCUUCUGUCAGGUGGAACGAGUCAUGAGGAACCUUUUUGUCAAGAAGCUCUAUCUCUGGCCCAGGUUCCAAGCAUCAGUCAACACAGCCCUCGACAAACACAAGCCAGAGGUGGUAGAGCUCCACGUGUCACUGACACCUGCUAUGAGGGCAAUACAAAGCUCCAUCCUGGACAUCAUGGGUGCCUGUUUGAAGGAGCUGAAGCGCUACAACCCGACAUUGGAGGCUGAAGAUCUCUCUUUGGAGAACACACUUGGCAACGCCUUUGAAAAGACCAUUCGUCACUAUCUGGACCCGUUGUGGCACCAGCUGGGGGCUAAGACCAAGGCUCUGGUGCAGGAUCUCAAGGUGCUUAGGCUCCUGCUACUCUACCUCACCCAGUAUGACUGUGUCACUUUCCUCAACCUGCUCGAGUCCCUGCGAUCCAGCCAAAAAAACUUUGGCUCUAACUCAGGUUGGUUGUUCCUCGACUCCAGCACCUCCAUGUUUGUAAACGCCCGGAGUCGUGUAUUCCGCAUUACGGAUAGUAAGAAGAAACUCAAAGUGGGACCAGAAGAGGAGAAACAAAAAUCAUCUUCAGAAGUGAGACGAGAGCUGGUGCUGGAGAAAAGCCCCAAGUGGGAAGCUCUAACUGAAGUUCUCCAGGAGAUUGAGAAAGAGAACAAAAGCACAAAUGGAGAGCCGGGUCGUGUUUUGAUCUGCGCCAGUGACGACAGAACCUGUGCCCAGUUGCAACAGUACAUCCGGCACGGCGCUGAAUGGCUCCUGAACCGACUGUACACUCGCACCAUUGCUAAAACUGACGCUUCUGCUGCCUCUGCUAUGGAGCUACACACACACAAAAAAGUGAAAGGUCUAACAAGGAAAGGCACCAAAGGGAAGGAACCGGUUCAGAAGAAGAAGUCAACAAAGAGCAAAGGCAGACCCUCUUUGACGCUGACCCAGAUGAUGGGCAAGGAGGAGACAGAAGAAGCUGCCGUGAUGGGCAGCAGCAGAGAUGAAGAGGAUCUGACCGCUGAGGAGGAGGAGGAGGAGGAGGAGGAGAUGAAACUUGACUUGUCAUCUGAUGCUUACUAUGGUGUCCUGAAGGAGCCGCUGACAGUCAUCCACCCUCUGAAGGGCUGCACUGACCCACACAGUUUGACGCGCGUUUUACAUGAAGUGGAACCCACUUUUGUGGUGCUUUAUGAUGCUGAGCUCAGUUUUGUACGGCAGCUGGAGAUCUACAAAGCAAGUCGCCCAGGAAAGACCCUCAGGGUGUAUUUCCUCAUCUAUGGUGGUUCCACAGAGGAGCAGAAAUACCUGACAGCACUAUCGAAAGAAAAGAAAGCCUUUGAACAUCUCAUUAGGGAAAAGGCCACCAUGGUGGUCCCUGAAGAGAGGGAGGGCAGAGAGGACACCAAUCUGGACCUCGCCAGAAACCUGGAGCCUGCAAAUGCGACCACAAACACGCGUAAAGCAGGAGGUCAGGAUCAAGCUAAAGAGCCUUCGCGGGUCAUUGUUGACAUGCGAGAGUUCCGCAGUGAGCUUCCCUCACUUCUUCACCGCCGCGGGAUGGACAUCGAUCCGGUCACACUUGAGGUGGGGGACUACAUUCUAACCCCUGACACUUGUGUGGAGCGCAAAAGUGUCAGCGAUCUGAUUGGCUCGCUGCAGAGCGGCCGCCUCUACACCCAGUGUGUUUCCAUGACCCGAUAUUACCGGAAACCAGUUCUUCUCAUUGAGUUUGACCCCGCCAAGCCUUUUUCUUUAAUGGCACGCUCCGAUUUUCGACAGGAGCUAUCGUCCAAUGACAUUUCUUCAAAGCUCACUUUGCUCACGCUGCAUUUCCCCCGACUUCGCAUCCUCUGGUGCCCCUCUCCACACGCGACAGCCGAACUCUUUAUGGAACUCAAGCAAGGUCGACCAGAACCAGACGCUGCUGCUGCUCAGGCAGUCACAGCCGAGUCAGACACUGUGGCUGAAUCUGCCGACCUCUACAAUCCUGGUCCUUAUGACUUGCUGCUGAAAAUGCCUGGGAUUAACAGCAAAAAUUACAGAGCCAUUAUCAAAAAUGCUGAUUGCCUUGCAGAUGUCGCCAAACUGAGCCAGGCCAAGCUGGCAGAAAUUCUAGGAAACACUAACAAUGCAAAGUUGCUGUAUGAGUUUCUGCACAACACGGCUGAUGUUCCAGCUCCAGCGCCGAAAAGCAAACAGAUGUUUAAGAGCUUUAAAUCUGCAACGUGAAGAGGUGUGAGGGAAAUGUGAGCUUGAGUUACAAGCACAUUUCAUGCUAUCAAUUUAACAAACCAUAAAUGAACUGAAUUGUAUUUUACUGACUUAUUAGUUCUAUUUUUUAAAUAUGUUUGUAUAUGUAUAUCAAUUGAAUAAAGUCUAUUUUUAGUGUUCUUUUUUGCUAUAGAUUGGCUGUAAGUCAUUUGAGUAGUGUCUUUAGUCUUCAGUCAAGAUAGCACCAGUUGUUGAUAAUGUCUACAAAAUAUUUUUGUACUGAGAAAAAAAAAAUAUCUUGCCAUUUCACUAUUGAAUGAACCUGAACCGGUAGACAUGUGGAUUACAAAGCGUUUGGUGGAGAAAACAAACUAAAAUCCAUCUACCAAACAGUGGUGUGAUUUAAUUCCGUUUGCCAUGAAAGCUGUGUAACACCUCAUCAUUGAACAGGUAAGUCAAAUCAUUGUAUCUGUGGACAAA